UAAUGGCCAUUAGAUUUAUGAUUAGAAAAGGAUUUAUAUUAUUAUAAUGGGAACAUAAAGGAAAAAUGAAAGAACAGAUUUGGUCGUUCUCAUCUCUCCCAGACGGCAAAGAAAGGAAGAAAGAACAAAGAAAUUUUCUCUCCAUGCAGUGAGUUCAACCCAAGAGCUUAAUAUCAAUAUAAUCUCCCAAAGAACCAAAGUGAAAACCUGCACCCAAAAAGCGACGCUUGAGCACGGCACGAAUGGCGUCGUCUAACGUCGGCUGCUCAUUGAAAAUCUAUGAAGCAGCAAACUAUGUAUCUCCGGCUGCUGGCGGCGGAGGCGGCUGUGCCGUUAUUCAAAUGCGUGUCAAAUUAAGGUAUCAACUUUUCGUCAAAGCCUACGACGUUGAGUUUUUGGUAGAAGAAAUCAUUACCCCGGAAUUUGUGACUGCCGUCUCCGUGCCGUUGGGCUCUUUCUUGUCCGGUUUCAGCGUGAUGAUCGUCUCCAAAGUGCUGGCGGACCUCAAGGUGGACGCCAAAGUUAUUGAAUACUCGAGUCCGAAGAUCGCUAAGUUCGUCGUUGAUAUGGCCAAACGUUGGGGCUCAGCGGUUUCGGAUUUUAUGACGGUGGCCGAGAUUUCGAUCAAUAAAACCGAUUAUAUUCGUGAGAAAGAAUUUGAUAGGAUAUCAAUGACAUUGAGUUCAAAAGCUAAAUCAUCGCUUAUGAUGCAGAAUCGGAAAUCAGAGAAUCCGAAUACUUGAUGAAUUUAUUAAUUUCUCUUUGGGAAGUUUUUUUUUUUUUUUUUUAGGAUUUUAAUUUUCAAUGUGAUAAUAUUUAGUUUCUUGGAAUGCAUGUAACUUCCUAAAAUUUUGGUGUAAGAAAUAGUAGUAUUUGAUUGAAAAUAAGUGAUAAAUUCUCAAGAAAA